AUGGAUGCCAUAACAUUCAGAUUUUUGAUGAGCUUAGCAGCGUCUCAAAAUCUUGAAAUGUAUCUCAUGGAUGUUGUGACAGCAUAUCUAUAUGGAUCUCUUGAAAAUGAGAUAUAUAUGAAAAUCCCAGAAGGAUUAAAAAUGCCUGAGGAUUUGAAAUCAAAGGCUAAGGAGAUCUGUUCGGUCAGAUUACAGCGAUCACUUUAUGGACUAAAACAGUCCGGACGCAUGUGGUAUAAUCGCUUAAGUGAAUAUUUGUUGAGUAAAGAUUACGUCAACAAUGCGAUAUGCCCUUGCGUAUUCAUUAAGAAAUCCUCUUCAGGAUUUGUGAUUAUUGCUGUAUAUGUAGAUGACCUGAACAUGAUUGGAACUCAAAAGGAAAUUGAUGAUGCAAGAACUCAUAUGAAAGAAGAGUUUGAAAUGAAAGAUCUUGGAAAGACAAAGUUUUGUCUUGGGCUCCAGAUAGAGCAUUUCCAAGAUGGUAUAUUUGUGCAUCAGUCAAAUUACACUAAAAGAGUGUUAAAACGCUUUUAUAUGGACAAAGCAACUCCUUUGAGUACUCCAAUGGUUAAUAGAUCUCUUGAUGUUGAAAAGGAUCCAUUCCGUCCUUGUGAGGAUAACGAGGAAGUGUUAGGUCCUGAAGUACCUUACAUGAGCGCUAUUGGUGGACUAAUGUAUCUUGCAAAUUGCACUAGACCAGAUAUAGCAUUCGCUACUAAUCUGCUUGCAAGAUAUAGUUCGUCCCCUACGCGCAGACAUUGGAAUGGAAUAAAACAUAUUUUUCGUUAUCUUCAAGGAUCAAUUGAUUUAGGAUUAUUUUAUCCUAAGAACUCAAAAUGUGUUUUAGUUGGUUUUGCUGAUGCAGGAUAUCUAUCAGAUCCACACAAAGCUAGAUCACAAACAGGUUAUGUUUUCACAAUUGGUGGAACUGCGGUCUCCUGGCGUUCGCAAAAGCAAACUUUGGUUGCAACGUCUUCAAAUUAUGCAGAAACUAUUGCUCUCCAUGAAGCAUGUAGAGAGUGUGUGUGGCUCCGGUCUAUGACUCAUCACAUACAAGAAUCAAGUGGAAUAGUUACAGAGAAAGAGCCAACAAAAAUAUUUGAAGACAAUUCUGCAUGUGUCACACAACUCAAAGAAGGUUAUAUCAAGAGUGACAGAACGAAGCAUAUUCCUCCAAGAUUUUUCUCAUACACUCAAGAACUCCAGAAAAAUCAAGAAGUGGACAUCGAGUAUAUUCGUUCAAGUGACAAUGCAGCCGAUCUUUUUACAAAGGCGCUUCCUACUACAGUGUUCAAGAAGCAUGUUCACAGUAUGGAAUGCGUCGUCUACAAAAUUGUGAAAAGAAAAGAUUCUAUCUUUUCCAGGGGGAGAUUAUGCUGCGGUACUCUUUUUCCUAAGUCAUAG